UUUUAUUUUAAAAGUAACUAUGUCUAUGACCUUAAUGGCGAUUUGACCUAGGCCGAAAUUAGUAAGAAAAGUGAAGUAAAUUGGAAUUUUUUGAAAUUUAUAAAUAUUGAGAGCUUCUAAUACUGACCUGACGUAAAUACGAAAAUGAUUCCUAGAUGUGUCAAGACUUUUUCAUCAGGAAAAGCCCAGCGAAACAAAGCUUUAUUCUCUUUAUUCUCAUCUUCCAAGAGCAACUAUGCGACAGAAGCUUCUUUUGAAACAAAGCCCUUCAAGCUGCACAAGCUGGACAGUGGUCCUUCAACGCAAGUGUCGGUGACCCGUGAUGAUGCACUGCAGUUCUACAAGCAGAUGUACACCGUCAGGCGCAUGGAGGCGUCAGCAGCCAACCUGUACAAGGAGAAGAUAGUUCGAGGUUUCUGCCACCUGUACUCUGGGCAGGAGGCGGUGGCGGUCGGCAUCAAGGCGGCGCUGCGCGCGCACGACAGCGUCAUCACGGCGUACCGCGCGCACGGCUGGACGCACCUCAUGGGCAUGGACGUGCAGGGCGUGCUGUCCGAGCUGACGGGCCGGCAGUCCGGCUGCGCGAGGGGCAAGGGGGGCUCCAUGCACAUGUACGCCAAGAACUUCUACGGCGGGAACGGCAUCGUCGGGGCGCAGGUGCCGCUGGGCGUGGGGAUAGCCUUCGCCGCCAAGUACAAGGGCACGGACGGCGUGUGCGUGGCGCUGUACGGCGACGGGGCGGCCAACCAGGGCCAGAUCUUCGAGGUGUACAACAUGGCGAAGCUGUGGGACGUGCCGUGCAUCUUCGUGUGCGAGAACAACGGGUACGGCAUGGGCACGAGCGUGGACCGCGCCUCCGCCAGCACCGCGUACUACACCCGGGGCGACUACGUGCCCGGGAUUUGGGUGGACGGGAUGGACGUGCUGGCGAUGCGCGAGGCGGCGCGCCACGCCGUGCAGCACUGCGCCGAGGGCAGGGGCCCCAUCGUGCUGGAGGCGGUGACGUACCGCUACAGCGGCCACUCCAUGUCCGACCCGGGCACGUCGUACCGCACGCGCGAGGAGGUGCAGGAGGUGAGGCAGACGCGGGACCCCAUCACCUCCUUCAAGGACAAGCUGCUGGGCGCGGAGCUGGCCACCGCCGACGAGCUCAAGGCGCUGGAAGCGGAAAUCCGCCAGGUGGUGGACGAGGCGACGAAGAAGGCGAAGGCGGACAAGGAAAUCGGGGCGGAGGAGCUGUUCUGCGACGUGUACGCGGACUGCAAGGAGCCGCACCUCCGCGGAGUCCUGCCGUGGCAGCGCCACCCCCACAAGUCCCUGGGACAGGCCCAGAACCUGUGAGGAGGUCCCGCGGCCGGCGAGACAGACACACACUCGGCGUAGUGUCGGGGCGCCCUUGUCGGGACGUAGCGAGGAGAGACAUUGUUGCACUGUUAACCUCCCCCCCCGCAGCGGGUUCAUUGUAAUUGCUUAGUGGGUUCUCGUCAGGCAACGGGAACGACUUCUGUGUUGCAUUUUAUUUGUAGAUAACGCAAGCUAUGGAAAGCAAUCGAGUUUUCGUUUGGGAAACCUUUUUGAGACAGCACACAAAAAAAUAAAUUUUAUGGUGUAGCCAAGCAUCAGGUGCAGCAAUUUCACAGACAUUUAGUAAUAUUUUGAAUUUGCAGUGGGAUUAUCACAGUUUUUUUUUUCCUGUAUUAUUAAUUAAUUUAUUUAAAUUAAGAGAAGUUGCCAAUACUCAGUACUCUUUGCCAUAACAAUAUACUAUGUAAUAAUAUAGUUUAACUGUUAUGACUAUCUGAUGACUUGAAAACCAUUGUGUUUCACACACUUAGUUUUUUUCAAUGCCAAAUCGGAGUUUGUCCGAAAACUGUUCAAAAACAUUUUUUGGUGCAAUCAAAACUGUUGGCCUUGCACUAUCACUUAUGUGGAAACCACUCACUACACGAGUGAGUGACCACAACCUCAACACCCAGUGCGAGUAGCAGCUACGUGUCUUGAAAACAAAUUUAACUUAAAUAAAUUGUUCAGAAGUCAACACGUAGUCAUAGGCUUGUUCUCACAUAAAAGAGAUGUCCUAAAACUAAAGGUUUUUUAAGAAACACUAAAUGUUGAUGAAGUCGUAAAAAAAAAGGCGGUAAGCAGUUGUUAUUCAAUAAUGUUUAAACAGUGUAAAUCUGGUUCAGACCAAUUCAGCGAUGAAUAGCUUCGUAACAUGGGGAACUAUUACGAUAUAAAUAUCCAAUCUGUUACACUUAAAACGUGGACAUCCACUAAAUUAUUUAAUAAAUAUCUACAAAUACUAUUUGUAAAAAAAUAUGUAAAAUGAUAAAUACAAAAAAUAUACUUUGGACAUGCUGCUAAAAGAAAUGUUACCUAAAAUUUACUAAAAACCAAAUUAAUUAAAAGUUCAUUUCCUGUAGUUACAGUCCAAAUUGUAGAAAAUUCUCUCUUCUAUUGAUAAGCCAAAUGUCAGAUGAAUGUACGUAAAAUGAUUAUAAAAAAAAGUUAACUAGUUCAGUUUAAUUUUAAAGGAUUCCACAAACAGUUAAGACAGUUUUUAAAAAUAAGAGUGUGUGUAAAAUUCAUCAACUCUAUUUCCUGUAAACAUAUCCUUCACAAAGUAAUGGGUCGCAUGCAAAGUAAGUCGAGACCUAGACGGGCUUCACUUAAUGGAAAGGUAUUUUCUAACGUGGCAGAAGAGCUCAAAAUUACCAUGAAAAACAAAGUAGUUGCCCAGACUCGUAAGGAGGCUAAUGCUGCCAUGUUGACGUAACUUACUCGGUGUCCUCGUUGCUCACGUUCAAAAUGUUUGCUACCAAAGCACGAGCACACACACAGUUCUGUGUGCAGUCCUGCACAUGAAACGGGGGCCCUAUGUAGUCAUGACGCGGCACGUACUUGUAGCCCACGUUUUUUUUUUUUUUAGUUCCGUGCACUUAGUUUUCUGCACGCACACACCCGUCUGCUUGCCUAACUGGACAAACACACACACCGCUCACUCCACACGAACAACAGAUCUCUCGUGACGUCACUCGCGUACCAGCCGUGUCUCCUACGGCACUCGGUCAAAUCACUCAUACGUAAAUGUAAAAGUAAACCAGAAGAAAAGUAUCGUGCCCUACCUAAAUUUUAUGUAGCAUUUAAAUUUAAAUUUAUAUUUACUAAAAGUUCAACAGAUAAUAUUUAUAAUAAUGUUUGCAGGCUUUCACUGCCAUUGUCUGAAGUAGCUUGGCUUCUGGGUUGUAGCCCUGUCCUUGGCGAAUAAUUCACAGACGUUUCGGUCGACAUUGCAGUCGCCAUCAUCAGGGAGCAGUUACCCUACAGUACCUUCAGUAGAUAACUGCUCCCUGAUGAUGGCGACUGCAAUGUUGACCGAAACGUCGGUGAAUUAUUUUCCAAGGACACUGCUACAACCCAGAAGCCAAGCUACUUCAGAUAUAUUUAUAUACAAAACAUUAUCAAUUACAAAAUAGUUCACAGUUUACCAACUUCACAACACUAAAAUCAUAUAACUUAAUUUUAAAAGUUAAAAACUAAAAUAAUUAUUGCUAAACCGUACAUAGUAAAUUACAAUUAAAAUUAUUAAAUUACUUAAAUUAAAACGAAUAAAUAAUAAAUAAAAAAAUAUGCUAUUUAAAAUUUGAAUGCAAUUACAGGCCACUGGGCACUUGUGACCAGGGUCACUAUUAUGUUUGAAAAUUUGUAAUUUUCUGAAACACAGCAGUUGGAGUAUUUGCAAACCUUGAACAAUUAAUUUUGGCAGAAGCUACAGAUAUAUAGAAGGGAAUUGCAAACAAAUAAGAAGAAGGUUUGCAAGGUAUAAUUGUAGAUAUUUCUCUGCAAUUUUCUGGCCAACAGUUUUGAUUUUCGGUCCACUUCAGAAAAAAGUACUAGGUUCACAUCUCAUACUUAAUAUAACUUAGUGAGUAAGCAGUACAUUCAGCAUGAAAUUUCUGCCUUAAAUACAUCAACUUUUUGUCUAUUGAGUAUUGUGUAUUUCAAUUUAUUUUUCAUUACAUUAAAAUUGGUUAUAUUCUAAUUACAUUUACAGUUUGGAACUGUUCACUAAAUUUUAUGUAUUUUUUCAUUAAUCUCUGAGUAGAUUUAUUGUUUAGUAUAUACAUAGUUAAAUUUACUUUUAAAAUCAAAAAUCAAAAUUAAAUUGAAAAUGAAAACUUUGCUAAUCUGCAAGAGAUGUGCCAUACCUUAAAAAAAAAUGUUGAAUGGAAAUUUGGAUGUUGUAAAUACAUAUUUUAAAAUUCUUUUGUACAGCUGAAUACUGUAAGUAAUUUGUUUCAUGUGAGCAGGUUCAACAUCAGUUGACAUCUUACAUAUUUAUAUGUUAUUCACAUGAUAUGUUAUUUAUUGUGACGUGUGCAUGAGUUAUAAUUUCCAUGUUGGUUCUACAUUUAUUUCUGUUCCCUGAGAAGAAUUUUUUAAAAUUAAAAACAGAAUUACAGUAUUAUUUGAAUUAGUGUUAAUUUUAUUUCAGUAGCAACAUCAGUGGAAGUAAGUUAUGGGGAGUAGUAAUUGUUGGUGUACUAUAGUAGAAGCGGUGUAUAUUAAUUUGUGGUGAACCCUCUUUAAUGGAUUUCUUUGUAAAGGACGUUGGCUUCUUACCAGAAAAAAAUAUCUAGUCUCUUUUGUUUACUUACAUAAAGUUUAAUGGCUGUACCAGUGACAGCUCUUUAUGUCAUAGUUCGCAAUACACACAUUUAUUGAUGCCUAGUUCACAACUAAAUUCUGCAUGACAAUUGUGUCGAAACUUUCUCAGGCUUACCGCCCUUCAAGCAGGCUUGCCAAAUGUAGCUGAAAACAGUCUAAAAAUACUUAUUCAUCAGAAAAAGGUAAAAGUUAUUAAACACUUGAAUAGGAAGCUACCUAGUGUAAACAUUAUUGCUGUUUGGAUUGAAUUGUUUGAACAGAGAGAAUAAAAUUAAAUAACAAUUUAAUUUUUUUUCUUUUGGGCCAUUUCUUUUUCAUACCUUUUUUUUUUCUUUCAGGAAAAUGUCUUGAGUGACAUUACCAAUAGGUGAGCCAAUAAAUAGCAUUUUCUGUUGGGAAGUCACUCGCUCAUUUCAAGUGUGGGUUUCCCUUCGUAUUACCUAAUGUAAUGUCUGCGAAGGAGGUCUACACUCUGAAUAGUCUUUGCCUCUAUUGCGGAAUUCUUAGUCUUGCAAUUAAAGAAUAAGAAAAUAAAAUAUAUUUUUCUUGAACAGUGUAUUAGGCCUGUGUGAAGCUUCAACUAAGUGAAAAAAUGGAAGAUCUUUUUAAUAUUUUAUUUGAUUUCGCCAGGAAAUGUGCUAUUCGUUUUUUUAGAAGCUUUGUUGCAAAGCUAUAAAACAUUGGAAGAUUGAGAUUUGCUCAUGAAAAUAUUUAGUUUUUUUUUUCUUAUUGUUUUGCUGGAAUAAAGUUGGUUGCUAAAUAAUCAAAGGAAGGCUUUUAUGAAUGAUGGUUUAUAUAAAUCCCAAUCGGUUAAUCAGUUGAAACAUUGUCAACGUUUAGCGAUUAAAUUUUUUUACUUCAAUCGUUUAUUAUUUAAAAUAAUUGUAAUUCAUCUUUGCCGAGAACAAUAUUCGUAAUUUGAUACGACUUCACGAAUAUUUUAAUCGUUUGAUUUGAUAUUCGUUUCGCAUAAAAAAACUAGUAUUAGCUCAGGCCUACAGUGUAUGUUCAGAAUUUUUUUUUGUACUGGUUUGAAGGGCGUAUUGACAUUGUCACCAUUCCUUGUCAUGAUUUGUGAAAGCUGUCAAGAUAAACACGGCUCGCGGCUCGCGACUCGCUAUCGGGACACCAGGGGGAAGGUGCAUUGUUUGCCCGUUUGAAAAAAAUAAUACGUACUUUGCCAGGUUUGCUUCCUCAUAAUGAUCUGCCGUUAAUUGUUUUCCUUCUACUCGUAUUUUACGAGACUGCACGCCCUGAUAUACAGUAAACUUCAACCCAGCGCGCUCUGGACCACAGCUAUGCCUGAUUAGUGAUUUUGCCGGAUUAUCGAACACCAACGUGCGUUUUUUUAAAGUAAGUGCCAAAGAAAAAAAAUAUACAGUAUGGCGAUAUUUAAAACAAGUUUUAUAAAUUUAUCUAUAGCAAGAAAAGUACCCAAGAGUUAAAGAAAAGCAUCUGAUAUUGUGGAAAAAAAAAAUAUUGUUCUACAAACUCCUCAAUCCACCCGAAAAAAUCUGAACGGGAUUGGCUCUGUCUGCUGGGUUACAGAGUAUGCCAGAUCAAACAGCACUGUUUGCAAUUUUUUCGUACACUCGGAAACUGACUACUUGCAAACACAAAACAAUACAAUAAGCAACACUACUGCAUCGUUUUAUUUGUGUAGGAUGUACUUGAAGCCUACAAAUGUGUCGGUCUUUUACGUAGCUAUUCAACAAUAAUGGUUUCAAUGCCUACGUAAAUCAGCAACAGUUGACAUAUUAUUUCACAAAAAAAAAUUUAGAGAGGGUUCACUAUCCCGUUCUAAGUUGCUGUUUGAGUGGAAUAUGUUCUGCAUUGUUCUUGUAGUUUUUGGACAUCAUUUAGAAGAUUUUGUUUUAUGGAAAGUGGUUUUUCUGAUACUGAUUAUACAAUGCAUUUAUUAAAAUUGCUAUGUUUGUCAAUAUAAGUAAUUUUUCUGCCAAGCAGAAGAUAUUGUGGUAUGCACCUUUUUUUUAAUUAUUAAUGCAAAAUUAAUUUAUAACUAAAGCUGUAUUAAAAAAUUUAAUCAUUUAAAAAAAAUAAUUUCUGCCAUGUAUUUUUUUAAAAUCUGUAUGUUACUUUUUAAAAUCUUAAACUUUAAAUAACUCAGUUUUUAAUUUGUAACUCAUUAAAUGUAGGUUUACGAGAAAAAGUGCAUUAAAUUAUAAAACCAUCUGUUUUCAAAAUUGACUUAACACUGAGAGUGGAAACGAGUAUGUGUCGAGCUAGUCAAAAUUUUCAACGUGUCCUUCAUUGUACAGAGUUGUUUGUUAGUGCUAUCAAGUCGUGCAUUAAAGUUGGUUGACUUAAAA